CGCUGACAGUAGCAGGACGGUAACCGUUUGGUGACGAUCGUUGCUCCUUUGGUUCUUUGGACGGGGACGUGCAUUGAAACGCGGGCUUUCUUUCCUCUCAACGUAGUGCGUCUAACAGGACUAUUAUUUUCUUCUUUAAACACACACAAAGGUGAAUUUAAUAGAGGAAGAUUAAUCGAGAUUAAACGCUCUUACAAAAGAUAAUACCUUUCAAAUCUCUAACGAAAAACGACUAAAUCCUUAAACGAGAGAGCGCCAAGAGGUUAGGGUAUCGAACGUUGACUCGACAAUUUUUUCGCGUCUCCUUAGGGAAUUUUCUUUCUUUGUGUUCGCACAGGCAAGUGGAACAACGGAUUGAACAGCUGAUGUUUUACUCAACACCGGCGAAAUGUCAAAAUCAAAGCAAAUCACACUGCGAGUGCAAUCAUCAGAAGGAACUAAGCGAGUAGAUGCUUGUUUAUCGGAUUCUGUCUUCACACUUUUUGAAAAAGUGUUUACUGCUUUUAAUUUGAAUAGUCUUACCUUUGGACUAUAUAAGCAAAGAAAUCGUCAAGAUGAAAUUAUAAGUACUCGCAGUAAAACACUGUUGGAAACAGGUCUUUCGCAUGGUGAUAUGCUCUAUCUUGUGCCAUGUAAUGGUGCACAACUUUGGAAUACUCCAUCCGCUAGUAAUAAUUCACAUAUUUCUUCUGCAGGAUUGAACGAUGGAGGAAGCAAUACAAACCGUAUUGUGCAAAAUUCAAAUGUGAUGGGUGCGCUUCGUAGCCUGCCAAAUGUAGUUGAAGAUGAAGUAGAUGAACAAUUGUGGAAAUUGGAUGGGAAGAUACAAAGAAAACGUGAUGAAAAACUUUGCCGUCAUAGUGCAAAGGGAUGUUGUGUACACUGCUCUCCUUUGGAACCCUUUGACGAAGUUUAUAUGAAAGAACAAAAUAUUAAACAUUUAUCCUUUCAUUCGUUUCUUAGGAAACUCACUGCCGGAGUCGAUAGGGGCAAAUUUUUACAAUUAGACGACAUAUGCUGCCGAGUAAAGACUGGUUGCAAAGAUCAUCCUCCAUGGCCUAGAGGUAUUUGUAGCAAGUGUCAACCUAAUUCUAUUACGUUGAAUCGUCAAACUUAUCGUCACGUAGACAAUGUCAUGUUUGAGAAUCCUAGUUUAGUUGAACGUUUUUUGAAUUAUUGGAGAAGUACUGGUCAUCAACGUAUUGGUUAUUUAUACGGAAGAUAUGAAAUGCAUACAGAUGUACCAUUAGGGAUUAGAGCAGUUGUUGCGGCUAUAUAUGAACCUCCGCAAGAAAGUACAAAGGAUUCUAUACAACUUUUGCCAGAUGAAAAAGAGUCAUUAGUUAAUGAAUUAGCUCGAUCUCUCAACUUAAAAAAAAUAGGAUGGAUUUUCACGGAUCUCAUAGCCGACGAUGUGAAGAAAGGAACGGUGAAACAUGUCCGAAAUAUAGAGAGCCAUUUCUUAUCGGCGCAAGAGUGUAUUAUGGCAGGGUACUUCCAAAAUCAAUUUCUUAAUCCUUGUCGUUUGUCACCCAGUGGUUAUUAUGGUUCUAAAUUCGUAACUGUUUGUGUCACAGGAGAUGAUAAAAAUCAAGUUCACAUGGAAGGCUAUCAAGUAUCAAAUCAAUGUUCUGCGCUGGUACGCGAUAACUGUUUGGUGCCAACGAAAGAUGCACCGGAACUGGGCUAUGUAAUCGAAUCAACCGAUAAGCAAUAUGUUCCAGAUGUCUUCUACAAGGAAAAAGAUAGCUACGGCAAUGAAGUAUCAAGGCUAGCAAGACCUCUACCCGUGGAGUAUUUAUUAGUGGAUAUACCUGCAUCCACCCCUCUUACUCCCCAAUUUACAUUUUAUGUAAACGAUGAUAUUACUCCGUUCCUUAUUGAAAACAGAUUAAUUGAUGGACAAGUUCAAGAGUUUCGUUCGUUGUGUACUUAUAUGCAGCAGUUUAAUUCGGACCAAUUUUUUGAAGCUAUUUCAGAUUUCCACUUGCUUUUGUUUAUUACAACUAUGGAUAUGCUACCCAUGAAGGAUCACAUGGGACCAUUGCUCGAAGCUGUGCGCACUAAAAAUAAACAAAUGGCAAUUGAAUGGUCACGUUCCGAACAUUGGGCCACGGUGGAACAAUUAAUAUCAGCUAGUGCAGCAUCCACGUCGCAAGUUCCGCAAGUACCGUUUAAUAGCGGCAUGGUUAGAGCAUCGUCUUCCCUGCCAGCAGCUAGUUCUAGCGUAGCCGUUGGCACGGAAGCUGCUGCUAAUUCGUCUGCCGAUCAAGAAUUAUGGACCUGUCCUCAUUGCACUUUUAUCAACGGUGCAGAAUUUUCAAUAUGCGAAAUGUGCAGUCUACCAAGGAUUUGACUCAUCCUGUAUCCUUACGGAUAUUAUGAUUGUUUUCUACGCAUCUUUGGCCUUAUUUAUGAGUGAAUAAAACAGACAAAAAAAAAAAUAAGAAAAAAAUA